AUGGCGGGCUCUUACGAGCCCUUGCCCGGCCGUCAAUCUGUAAUUACGAAAACUGAAAAACCCCCUCAGGGGAGAGAAAUGUUUCUUUUGUACAUAACCUAUCGUUACCAUGGAUUCGUCUAUUUUGCCCUCAAUGAGGAAGAACAAUGUUUGCUAUGGUAUUGUUUUUUUAGAACUUGUUGCCUUGUUGGUAAUUACAAACUUGCAAAGAUGAACUUCAGCUUCUCUUCCCCUGAUUACCCUGGACAAAGUCACAGAAAAACUGAACAAGAAGAGAAAAGUGGUGAAUAUAGAUUUGGUCAAUAUCUAAAAAACAUGCUUGUUCGAAUCAACCAACAAAGAGCGGAAGACAACCCAUUAUGUGACUUCACAAUAGUUGUUGGAGGUCGAAAAUUCAGAGCACAUUCCUUGAUUUUAUCAACCAGCAGCGAAUACUUUCAUGCAAUGAUUAAUUCAAGGAUGAAAGAAGGAAUUGAAAAAUGUGUCCAAAUCAAAAAUGUAUCUGAAGAAAUAAUGGAAAAUAUUUUGGAUUUUAUAUAUACUGGAAAAAUUCCUCUCCGUGUGGAAACUAUUGGGCAAGUUAUUGAGGCUGCUUCUUUUAUGCAACUGCCAGAUUUGCUGAUUUCUGUUGUGCAAUAUGCAACUAAAAUACUUGAUGAAGAAAAUUGUAUUUUCUUUCAAAAACUUGGUGAGCUUUACAAGUUGGAAAAUCUUGUGCAAAGUUCAUACAAGUACUUGUUGGAUCAUUUCGAUGAAGUUUCUACUACUAAUGAUGAGUUUUUGAGUUUAACAUCAAGUGAGUUAAAUGGAAUUCUUCUGGAUGACAUCACAGUUUCUUCAGAAACUGUUGUAUACAAAGCUGUGGUAUGCUGGGUGAAACAUGAUUUAGAGGAAAGGCAACAAUACUUUGUUAAAUUCUUUAAAUUACUCCGGCUACAAGUAGUUUCUGUAGAUGAUUUGGCAAACAUAAUAGUAAAAGAGGACAUGGUUACCAGUAACUGUGAGUGCAUGGCUGCUGUAUUAGAUUCAUACGAUGCAAGAGUAAGACCAAGGCUUAACAUAGAACAACCUCGUAAGAAACCCCUAUCAGGAGACGCAACAUCUAUAAGAGAGUUCAACAUUCCCAAACCAACUCCAACAUUUGGCACUGCACCUUUCGGAAACCUUAUGAAUUAAAGGGAAUAACUUCAACCAGCUCCUUUGCCAACUGCUACCUAUGUGGCUGCAACUUAAAAGUUCAUUUUCAUCAAAUCUAACUUUGAUCAUAAAAAUUCAUCACUAGUUCAGCUUGAUUCUAUUUCAUUUUUAAAUUUAUAUUUUUUAAACUUUUAUAAAAUUGUUUAUAUAUUUUUACUGUUAUGGUCAUAAAAAAU